AUGACAGUGGCUCAAGUAGGACCAGGACGGGGGUCUGGUGGUAUGGGCGUGUCCCUACCGAGUGAUUCUCCAGCCGGUACUGGAGGGUAUGAACGGGGCGGUAUGGGUCCGAUACUAGUAUGGCCAGGUAGCCUAGCGUCCGUCUAG